GCGUCUUUGAAAAUUGUAAACAAAACACGCACCGGCGGAAGAUUCAAAGAGCAAAAUAUACAAGAGAUAUAACAAGAGUUAGAAAGUAUUAUUGAUUUAUAUCAAUAGCAAAGCCAUGAUUUUGUUAGAAAAGAAUUAAACAGGGAAGUAGGAAAGCAUGAUUGGCUUCAGUUGUAAACAUGAAAUCAUCCAAAAAUAUAGGCCGCAAAAGACUUGGACGUAUACCCAUAACAUCUAAUGAGCCUUCUUCCUCUGUGAUACGACCUUGUCAAAUUGUUCAAAGGGUAGAUGGAGGGAAACAAAAUAUUCAGGUCUCAAUGUCAGAGGGUGACCUUUCGUUCAGUUCGUCAUUUGCUAAUGACCUUGACAAUGAUGUUGACCUCAUGUCAGCACUGGACAGAAUGGAGACAGAUUAUGGCCACAAUAAAAUGAAAGGAAAUGCUACAACAACAAAGGUAGAAAAUGAAAAUGUUAUCUCUAUACGCAACCAUCAACAGAUCAACAUCAGUAAUAAAAUAUCCAGUGUGGAACAUAACAGUAAACAGAUAAAGCAUAUAGCCAAUAAAAAUGUUAAUUAUUUGUCUACACCAGCAAGAAUCAACCAUAGUAAACUUGAUUCUAAAGUGUCAGCAGCUGAUAAUGUUGACACAAACUCGUUCCAUGAUCUCUCCUUUACAAGCCCUAUGGAAAUAUCUACUCCACAGAUCUUUAAAACAAAGAGAUCGUCUUCCAAUGACACUAAAGAAUCAACAUCGAAAAAGAGAAACUUGUCAGCUUUAAAGAAUUCUGCAGAUAAAAGUAAGACUUCUAUGUCUAAGAUUAGGACAUCAACACCACAGGUUACCCCACGUAGGAAUCUUAGAUCAAACUCGGCACAGAAAGAGAAGAAUCAGAUGAGGAAAAAGCGAGUUUUAGAUGGGCUUGGUGACCCAAUGGCCACAGAGGAAAAUACUGAUAACAAUUUAUCAAAUAAAAGUGACUUUUUCAAGUCUUUACUAGUUGAAAAUGUAAGUUUAGAAGAGAGUAAUAUAGCCAAAAAUGAUAUGAUAAAGAAAACAAAAUCUCCAGAAACCAGAUCAAAUACCAAAACAAAAAAAGACCAACUCUGCAGUAAUUCAGCAACAACACAACAAACAAAAUCAGCUACAUGUGAAAAUAAGGAGAAUUACACGGAGGUAACUGACAGUAACCAAAAUGAUGAUAAUGAGAUCAACAUAGAAGAUCUUCCUCAGAUUCCUACAAGGGGAAGUAAUCAAAGUAAUAUCAGUACCUCAACUUCAUUAGUUGAAAAACCACUAGAAAUUAAGCCUGAUUUAGAGGCAGAUCAGCUAGCACUAUCAUCAUGGGGUCUCCCUGACCCUGUUCUAAAACAGUAUCACUCUAGAGGUAUCACCCACAUGUUCCAGUGGCAGGCAGAAUGCUUACUCAUGGGCAAUGUUUUAGGGGGAGGUAACUUGGUAUAUUCCGCCCCAACAAGUGCUGGUAAAACUAUGGUAGCAGAGUUGCUGGUCUUGAAGAGAGUGAUGGAAACAAGGAAAAAAGCAAUAAUUAUACUACCAUUUGUUUCUGUGACAAGAGAGAAAAUGUUUUAUCUACAGGAUAUGUACCAGGAUGCUGGGAUACGUGUAAGUGGAUUUAUGGGUCACUAUGCCCCGGCUGGUGGCUUCAGUAGUGUUGAUGUAGCUGUAUGUACCAUUGAGAAGGGAAAUAGUCUGAUCAAUAGAAUGUUAGAAGAUAACAAACUUGAUCAAUUAGGUAUUAUAGUAAUUGAUGAGUUACAUCUGAUUGGAGAUAGACAUAGAGGUUACCUGCUUGAACUGUUGCUCACCAAAAUCUCGUACAUGUCUCGCAAAAAUAAAAACAGUGAGACAAGCUCUAACAUUCAGGUGGUGGGUAUGAGUGCUACCUUGCCUAACUUGGAUCUUCUGGCCCAGUGGCUGAAUGCUGACUUAUACCGCACUGAUUACAGGCCGGUCCCCCUAGCCGAGUGUGUGAAGAUAGGUACAGCUUUAUAUGACUCUGGUAUGAAUUUAGUGAGAGACAUUGAUACCAAAUACUCAGUGAAGGGAGAUGAGGACCAUGUUGUACCAUUGUGUAUUGAGACAAUCCGAGGCGGUCAUUCUAUACUUAUAUUCUGUCCUACCAAAAACUGGUGUGAAAAACUAUCUGAAACUGUUGCUAGGGCACUCUAUAAUCUCCUUAGCAACCCGGAUGUCGCUGUUGCUGGCAAAGGUUUUGUGAAAGCCUCAGAUUUACUGGUGCUGCCUCUUGACCAGUCAGCAUUAAGAGAUGUUGUUGAACAGUUACGUCGUACAGCAGUUGGCCUAGAUUCCACCCUCGGUAGGACCGUCCAGUUUGGAGUAGCUUAUCAUCAUGCAGGUUUAACAUUUGAUGAGCGUGACAUCAUUGAAGGUGCAUUCAGACAAGGUAUACUGAAAGUUCUUGUGGCAACAUCUACAUUAUCAUCUGGUGUAAACUUGCCAGCACGUAGAGUAUUGAUACGUACACCAACAUUCCACGGUCAGUUGAUUGAUUUUCUCACAUAUAAACAGAUGAUUGGUCGUGCUGGCAGGAAGGGAGUUGACACCGCUGGGGAGAGUAUACUGUUAUGUAAGCCAAAUGAAAGACCAAAAGCUGUAAAACUUGUUACAGGCUCACUACCUGCUGUACAUAGUACUCUAGUUAGAGAAGAAGGUGAGCCUCUAAGUUCUAGUCUAAAGCGUGCUAUAUUAGAGGUGGUAGUGAGUGGUGUAGCAAUGUCCCCGGCGGAGGUGUCAUGCUACGCCUCGUGUACUCUACUGGCGGCCUCACUGAGCAAGGGAGAGGAUCAGACACAUGACCUGAUACAACAAUGUGUACAAUUUCUACAAGAUAAUGAGUUUGUCAAUACACAAAAAAUAAAAGGCCCUGAUGAUAAUGAGAGUGAGAGAUUUGUACCGACCCAGCUUGGUGCCGCAGUUUUAUCUUCCUCUAUAUCACCAGAUGAAGGCCUUGUUGUCUUCUCUGAGCUACAGAGAGCCAGGCAGUGCUUUGUUCUGGAGAAUGAACUUCAUAUUAUAUAUCAGGUGACGCCUAUAUAUGCUCAGAUAGAUUCUAUAGAUUGGUACCAGUACUUCAGUAUAUGGGAGACAUUAACACUUGGUAUGAGGAAGGUAGCUGAGUUGGUUGGUAUACAAGAAUCAUUCCUGGCUAAAGCGGUACGAGGCCGGAUACUCACAAAAACCUCUGCCCAGAUGAAGCUGCUUGCAAUACAUAAGAGGUUUUAUACUGCACUGGUGCUCCAUGAUCUAGUACAAGAAACCCCACUUGGUGUGGUAGCAAGAAAAUACAACUGUAACAAAGGACAGUUACAGUCCCUACAACAAUCUGCUGCUACAUUUGCUGGUAUGGUAACUGUGUUUUGUGCUAGACUAGGUUGGUCCAACCUUGAGUUAAUCCUGUCACAGUUCCAGAAUCGUCUGACGUUUGGCGUUCAGAGAGAACUGUGUGAUUUAGUUAGAAUCUCUGCUCUCAAUGGACAGCGAGCUAGGGUGAUGUACAAUGGAGGGUAUCAAACUGUUGCAGCCCUGGCUAGUGCCCAUCCUGCUGAUAUUGAGGCAUUGUUGAAGAACUCGGCUCCUUUCCAAAGUAACAAAAAGCAAGAUACAGAGAGUGAGUGGGAGGCAGAACAGAGACGUAAAACCCGGUGUAUCUUCCUGACGGGGCGUAAAGGGGUGACAGAGUACGAGGCAGCAUUAGCUAUAAUAAGUGAGGCCAAGUCAAUCAUACAGGAGGAACUAGGGGGGCUGGGUAUACAAUGGAAGGAAGGUGAUAGUGAACCUCCCCCUGUCUUAAAAUCUCCAGUACUUCUUAGUCCAUUAGCAGCCACAAGAAAAGAUAAAAGAAGGCUAAACUCCAAAACAAUUAAAAAUAAGAGCCCACCAAACAAGGGAGACAAAUCCAAUAAACCAUCUUCGUCAUGUGUUAUUUCCCCUCCUAACAAUAAAUCAAAUAUAGAAAGCAGAGAAGAGGUUAAAGCCACAACAAAACAAGACACAGAGUCCUGUAAAGAUGUAGCCACCAAUAAAUCAAUUAAUGAUAGCGAAAGUUCUAAAGAAAUUUCAAAUAAACAGAAUAUGUCAUCUAAAUUAAAGAAACAAGAAAUUGAAGAUAGAACACCAAGUGUGUUAUCAAAUUAUAAAUCUAAGGACAGUAAAAUUACUAAUGAAAAUGUGAAAAACUGUAGACACUCCAUGGAACUAAAUGAAGAUAAUGUAGUUAAUAAAGUGGACAAAAGAAACAAAAUUGUAUCUACUAAAGAAAAGACUUCAGUAGUUACAACUGCCAUUAUUGAAAAAAUACCAGAACAUUUCAAUAAUCUGCAGGUUUCAAAUGCAGGUAUAUGUCAUGAAAGCCCGGUAAGUAACACAGUUGAACAAAUAUCUGUUAGUGUACAAGAUAAUAAAGAAAAUGAAAAACAAUUAAUCAAUACAGAAAUUAGUGAAUUAUCAAGUGAUAUUGUGAAUGAAGCAGCAAAUAGUGUGUCUCCUGAAGAUAUUACAGGAAAGUUGGGACACAGUAACGUUCAUAAACCAACCAUCAGAUAUAAAGAGUCUUCAAGGACAAUACCUGUAAAAAACCAAACAACAGUAAAUAAAAAUCAAACUGAUUUUAUUGGAAUACAAAACAAAUAUGUUAAAGGGUUACAAAAAGAACAUAAAAAUGACAACUAUAGAAUACAAGCUUGUUCAGAAACUGCAAAAGUUCAAAAUAAUGAAGAAAGAGAGUUACAUGAUCUGAAUACCAAGAAUGAAGGAGAUACAUCUAAGCAUACAGUGUCUGGUGAAACUGGCCAAGCUUUAAAUGACAUAGUUGAUGAAAAUGAUUUUGGAGAGAGCUUUAUGAUUGAUACUCAAAGUUUAAACAGUUUAGAAAAUUCAAAAAACAAGAAAGGAACAAUUGGAAUAUCAGUAGUUGUUGAAGAAAUUGUGCAAGAGCAGAAUGUCAAAGUUAAACAAUUAAAUGAUAAUCAUAAUGAUGAAAAUGCACUAACUGAAGCAUUAUUUUCAGAAGACCUUGAAAUGGACAGUUUUGAUUUAUCUAAUGGGAAAAUUUUACCUUGUGAACCAGCUCAGGAAAAUGACCAUUUUAAAAAGCCAGCUUGUAAUUCACAUGAAAGUCAGAUUCUAAGAAACAGAUCUACUCUAGAUGCUAAUAACGGAGCUAGGUUUAAUGUGUCAAACAGUGGUAGUGAUGUUGAUGUAUCCCAUAAUGCAUUGGACAUGAACAUAUCUCAGUGCUCUAGUGAAGACAUGUUUAACCAAUCAUGUGACUUGGUUGCUGCCAGUAAUUAUGAGAGAGUUGUUUUGUCAGAUGAUUCGAGAGUGGGAGAUAUUAACGACUCAUACCAAGAUUUGCACAUUCCUUACCAAAGUGGACAAGAAAAAUGUUUUGAAGAUGUGGACAAAGCUGUUCCAUAUGCUGCUGAUGUUGUAACAAAACAACACAUCCAGAAUCAUGGUGCAUCAAUGUCAAAAUCAUGUAUUCGUGCUGCUAACUUUCCUGCCAUCGGACAGCAAUUAAAUGUUUUAGGUCAGUUUUCCAGCCCUGCACCAGCUAGAUUGAAAUGUCCUGAAAUAUUACAUGAGGACUUAGCUAUGGCUCUUGAGAUGGGAGAAUCUUUUUCAUCUACAUUUGAUGCACCAACACAAACUGAAGCAAAACAUAUAAACAGAAACAUUGUAAAUGAAGUAAACUGUGAUGAUGAAGAUAAUUUUGGAGAUUCAUUAACUAUUUCAAUGGUAGAAAAGGUUCUGGACGAGCCCAUUGAAACACCACAUCCUUCUCAUUCAGAUAAACAAGUCUCAGCCAAUGUAGAAAUUCAUAGCAGUAACAAUAUAGAUAAAAGUCAAAAGCAAUUCUGUGAUAAAAAUUCAAAAUUUGAAUCUUUAAUGAAGUCAAAGCAUACUGUGAUAAAUAAAUCAUUAUCUAUUAACAGUAAACAUUUAGAAAUGAGUAAAAGUUUAGAGAAAGAACAGUUUGUAACACCAAAGCGAAUGGCUGUUAAGAGAUUGAGAUGCAGCCCUGCAGUUAAAGACACUAAGAUACAGAAAAUCCAAGAUGUUGGUUACUCCACACCAGAAGCUUUGGUAAAACAUAAUAACAGAACUAAUAAAGUUGAAGGCAAUGAUAAAAACAAUUUAGAUCAGAGUAAAAGUGAUCAUAGAAUAAAGAGGAAAAGAAAAAGUACAGACAAUGUGACUCCUGUUUCUGGGAAGUCAAAGAGAGGAUCUGUGUGUGAGAUGAACACAAGUACAGGGAGUGAUUGUGUCCCACCAACCCCUCCAGAUGACACACCUACAAGUUCACUACUUACAUCAGUUAGAACACCUGCUAGGUCUCCUCUAGUGAAACUAACACCUGUUUCUCCAUUCAGCCCAAAAAUUAGACAGAAAAACAAAAGUCAGCAAAGUUACGUAAAAAAUAAGAUUGAUGUCAAAGAGCCAAACAAUGUAAAUGGUAUCAAACCAGCAGUAACUAAUAACACUGUAAUAGAUGCUAAUAAGAAACCAAUUACUGAUAAAAAGACAUAUGUUAGCACAAAGUCAAAAGAUAUGGACAAACAUGAAUGUUCUGCUAAUAAUAAAGCAAAUCCAACAAAUCUAAUUAAUGAAGAAACUAAAAGUAACAUAACAGGAAAUGAAAGAAAGGAAACAGAAGCUAACAAUAGACCUGUGGAAACAGAAGAAAAUGACAAAGAUCAUAAAAGUGAUGAUAAUGAUGAUGAAAAUGAAGAUUUUUUGUCACCCUCGUUCAUAGAUCCGGAUCAAUCAGGAAUUACAUUAACACAGUCAUCAUUUAGCAUCAUUGAUGUAUGUGGUGAUAAGAGGUUGUUUAAAACAUUUAUCAUGGAGUGGAGGACAAAGUCAAGGUAUGCCAUAUCACUGGCAUGUGAGAGAUUAGCACCUGAUUGUCCUGGUGGGGGUAUUGGAGGUAACUUCAAACAAGGGGAGACACCAGCAAGGCAAGGUUUGAAGGACAGUGGUAUAUCAGUGGAAAGCCUGGGUAUAAAUAUAGUUGGUCUGGCAGUCUCCUGGGAAAAUAGAGAUGCCUACUAUAUCUCCUUUACUCAUGAACAACCUCAAGGAGAUCCAGAUGACACUUUAGCCCCGCCCCCUUCAGAUACUGAUAUCAGUAUUGCAAUCAGAAUUAAAGCUGUGAAAUCUGUGUUACAACAAGCUGUCUGUAAACAACAACCUGUAACCAUGGCAAUGUUUGAUGUGAAAACUCAUUAUAGGGCAUUGGCAGAAGGUUGUGGUUUUACUCCGAAGGGACAAUGUGAAGACCCGAAGGUGGCAUGCUGGAUGUUAGAUCCUGGAGUAAAGGAGAAAAAUCUUCAUCGUAUGGUGACUAAUCUGUUACCUACAGAAGUUCAUAUGUUACAUGGUAUAGGUGGUGGUAUAGGUGUAAGCAGUCUGGGUAUGAGCCCUCAGAACCCAGGUUCAGGCAGGUACCGUGCCACGACGGAGGCUGUACUGGUGCGACACCUAGGGGAGUAUUUCAGGGCGUGUCUAGAGAAAGAGGAGAUAUACAGUGUGUUUACAGACGUUGAGAUGCCAUCUGCUGUCACAUUGUGUAGGAUGGAACUUAAUGGGUUUGGGUUCAGUCAAGAUGAGAGUGAGAAUCAGAAGACAGUUAUGACAGCAAAGUUAUCUGCCCUUGAGGAACAAGCUUAUAUGUUAGCUGGCCAUCCAUUCUCACUGUCAGCUACUGAAGAUGUUGGCCAGGUUUUGUUUAUUGAGUUACAAUUACCACCCAAUGGAGAUCCAACAUCUACUCAUGGCCCUAGAUCAUUAGCUCCUAAAAGAGGCGGUGCUCCAAGGAGGGGGCGGGGCAAACCUCAGUACAGCACAUCUAAAGAUAUACUAGAGAAGUUAAAGAAGCUCCACCCCCUGCCUGGUGUCAUUCUAGAAUGGAGGAGAAUAACUAAUGCUCUCACUAAAACAGUAUUUCCUUUACAGAAAGAAAAGGUUCUCUGUGAUUGGUUAUCAAUGUAUCGUAUCUAUGGAGAUUGUCAACUUCACACGGCAACAGGGAGAGUAAGCAUGACAGAACCCAAUCUACAGAAUGUACCCAAAGAUUUUGAUAUCCUCCUGCCAGAUUUGAUAGGUGAAAGUCCACCUCCAAACACUGCUGCUCCAGUUGGUAAAAGAACAAGGGCAGGUAACUCUAAGCUCAGACAGAUAAUUGGUCCGAGGCAAGUUGCCAUGGUUACAGAAGAAAACACUGGUUCCCAGUUUUGUGUUAGUAUGAGACAUGCUUUCAUACCUUUUAAAGGUGGUGUUAUGCUGGCAGCAGAUUAUUCUCAGCUAGAGUUACGUAUGAUAUCUCACCUGUCUAAAGAUCCCAAGUUAAUUGGUAUAUUAAACAAGGAUGGAGACGUGUUUAAGUUGAUCACAGCUCAGUGGAAAAACAUCAAACCAGAGCAAGUUACACCAGAACAGAGAGCACAAGCUAAACAAGUAUGUUAUGGUAUGAUAUAUGGUAUUGGUGCAAAGGCUCUUGGUGAACAGUUAGAUGUAGAGGAGAAUGAUGCUGCAGUGUUUAUAGAAACAUUCAAGGCAAAAUAUCCUGGAAUGAGAACUUUCCUUAGACAGACUGUAGAAGACUGCAGGACAAAUGGAUAUGUUAAAACCAUGCUUGGUCGUAAACGCUAUCUUCAGACAAUCACCAGUACAAAUCCUCAUGCUCGUGCCCAGGCAGAACGUCAGGCAGUAAACACCACAGUGCAAGGUUCUGCUGCUGACCUUGUCAAAAUGGCCAUGAUCAAGAUAGAUGAAAGGCUUGCAGAAAUGUUUCCUAAUACACAGUAUACUCAUAAACAUAAACUUAGUGAUAUUCAGUUAACUCAGUGA